UAUAUUUGUAUCUAAUGUUUUUUUCAAAAUAAGUGAAAUAGAAGAAUGAAAGAUAAUUGAUUUGACAAGUUUAUUAAUGAUUAAAUAAAAAACUAAGAGUUAAAUAAAUUCUGUCGCAAUGGUGAGUUGUGUCGUUAUUAGGUGCAGAAAUUGUUCAGGGAAAAUAUCAAAAAAUAAGGACGGAAUUACAUUUCACAGAUUUCCGCGGGAUAAAGUGAGGAAAAGAAAAUGGGAGAUUGCUGUAAAUCGCGAGGAAGGCUGGACGUCAUCUGCAUCAAGUACAGUAUGCUCCGAACAUUUUAUCACCAAAGAUUUUUACUUGACAGAGAGUGGAUUACGGAAGCUUUCACAAGAUGCCAUACCUUCUAUUAAUAUAUCAGCAUGUCAAGAUUAUGAACCAACAAUAUCUGACUCUGAAGCAGUGGGAAUAAACCCAAAUGAUUCAGAGGAAGUUGUACAACUAAAAUGUAAAGUCCGAAGGCUCGAAGAGCUUGCUGAAAUGAGGAAAAGAAAGUUGAAUCUCAUGUGGCAAGGGAAAAAGAGACUCAAAAAGAAAUUUGCACAGAUGAGAUAUCUUUUGAAACAUUUGAUUAGAUAUGAUCAAUAUAAAGCAGAACAGAAUAAUUCACAGACUUGAAAAUAUGACAACAUAACUCUGACAAAGUGCAGAGGUUGGCAACCUAUGGUCGUUCAGUAUCAUAAUGCUGACCCAUUUAAAUUAAAAAACAUUUUAUGCUACAACUAUAAAAAUAAAAAGAUAUCUCUGGUCCUCAAACAAACCUUAAUGUUUACUUUGAUUGAUUCUAGUUUGUAAUAAAAAAAGGUUU